AUGUGCUUCGACAUCUGGCUCGCUCGCAACGGCGCUGUUGCGAUCCGCUUCCCCGAGGCCCCAACUGCGGUGGAGCUGCGAGAUGCGGUGGUGCGCCUCGUCCUCACCACCAUCGCUUUCAUGAUCCUCUACUACGACUUCGGGCUCACCUUUGGCGUGGAGGUGGAGCGCUUCUGGGAGGGCCGGAGGCUGAACGCGUUGAGCUGUGGGUUCUUCCUCAGCCGGUACAUGUCGCUGGUCGGGCAUGUUCCGGUGAUGUAUGAAUUUUAUGGGGCGCCUUCGAUACACGUGUGGGUGCUCUAUGGAACGGUGAUCCUGAAAUCUGCCUCAACUGGCGCAUAUUUGCACAGGUGCCAUAGUCUGCAAACGUUCCAUCAGCUCCUAUCCGGGUUUGCACAGGUGACGGUGGCGGCACUGCAGAUCUUCCGGGUGUAUGCCAUAUACAAUAGCAGCCGCAGGAUUUUGUACGCACUGAUAGGUUUGUGCCUUACGUCGUUCGGUGUCGCAAUGUGGGCCAUCGUAGUGUCUUGGCAUCUUGGUUCGGACACGUCGCCGAGAGUGGUGGGACUGCGAGAAUCUGGCAAGCAAAUCGGAUGCAAUUUGGGCCAGUCAAAAGGACAAGGACACUACGUUGCGAUCAUAUGGGGCUCGUUUUUGGCCUUCGACGCGAUCGUGUUUGCUAUGACUAUCUCUCGCAUCAGGGGACUGGGGCAGACCAUGCGGGGAGGCGUUUUCUCAGUGAUUCUGCGAGAUGGGACGCUAUAUUUCACCAUAUUAUUGGGUUUCCAUCUUGCGAAUAUACUGACCGCGCUGCUCGAGAGGCCUGCGCUGAGAAGCAUCAGCGUGACCGCCACGAACAUUUUGGCGACGACGCUCAUGUCCCGCCUCAUGCUCAACAUCCGCGAUCCAGCGCUGUUGCAUAACCUCUGCUUAAAUGGCCUCUCUGAGGUGCUGUACAACUCACAGAUGUGA